AUGAAAUUUCAUCUCUCUCGUUUCACUUUGCAAUUUGCAGUAGCAAAUAAGUUUUAUUCUCUUUCUAAAUCAUUUCAGUUUGUGAUUUCAAUUUUUAUUUUGGUAAUAUUGCUUGCGUGUCGACUUUAUUUUCAAUCGAUUGGAGAUGUAAAAGAAGUUGUUUUGACUCAGAAGCAACUUGGUGUUGAAGAAGAUGCUGGUGUUUUGAGAAAGGAAGUUAAGAGAUUGGAGGUUAAAGUUUCGGGUAUUAGUUCGGUUUUGGAACGACAAACUAGGGAGUUAGAUGAACUUAAAGAUGAGCUCUGUACUUGCAAAGAGCAGACAAAGAAAGAAAUAGCAUUAAAGAAUGAAGCGUUGAAUCAGAAAGCAUCAAUGCAAAUCCAGCUUCAUGUGAAAACAGAUGAGCUUGAGAAGUCAAGUUUGGAGCGUGGAUCUGAAAGGUUUGAAAAACUAUUAUUCAGUGUAAUUACAAUUUUGUUGCUGCUUCUUGAUGUUGUGUAA